UGUGUAAUAUUUUUAUGUUAUAGUUUAUUAUAAUUAUGUUUUUCAUAUGAAUACCAAUGACAAAACCAACCGAAGUAAGCUGAAUCUACUUAUCACUGAAAAAGAGCAGGAAUGGAGGGUUUUGUUGCAGCAACAAAUGGAAUCGUUAACAAAGGAAUUGGCUGAGAAGGACGAGAAAGUGAAUCUUGAAAAGCUGCGUUUUCGAAAAUUAAAAGAGGAUUUUGAAUACAACUUGAAUUUAUUGGCAGAGCGUGACAAAGAACUGGCACGCUAUGAUGAACUUUUUCAGCAGUUAAAAGCGCGUGAUUUGUUUCGUGAAGCGGAAGUUAGCGAGAUGAAAAUAAAAGUGGCGGAUGCUGAGUCAAAGUAUAAACAAUUGGAGAUGGAACAUGUUGAAACACAGAAACAUUAUCAGUGGAGGUUAAAAGAAUACCAGAAUGAAAUGAAUAAUUAUAUGUCAAAAAAAAAUUCUGAAGUUGAAGUUGAAAGAAAUGAAUAUCAGGACUUAAAGCGGAAACUUCAACAAGAACUCAGAGAAGUCGAAGAUAAUAACAGUUAUGAAAAGCAAAUGGCGAUGAAUGAACUCAAUGAUAAAUUCAAGCAGAGAGAGCAAGAAUAUCAACUCAAUUUAGAUAAAAAGGAUACUGAAGUACAUUCCUAUCAACUUAAGGUUAAAAUGCUGUCCAAGGAACUUGAGAUAGUUCAAGCAGCUAGUACACAAGCAGUUGAAAAUCUUGACAGUAACAAAAAAUCAGCCUUGACACUACAAAAGAAAAUGAAAGAGAUGGAGUGGGAAUUAACCGAUGUUAAAAAUAUGAAAGAUAUCGAAAUUCAAGAACUAAGAGUACAACUCAAAGAAUUCGAAAAGCAAGCGUGUAUUAAAGAAGAGGAGUAUAAUCGCAAGAUGCAUGAAUUUGAGCGACAUUUGAAUGAGCGAGAAAGUAUCAUGGAAUCUUUGAAAAUAGCCGCAAGUGAGUCUGAAAAUAAAUUACGUAAAGAAGUGGUACUGCUACAACAAAAGCUUGAAGAGAAAGAUAUAAGCCUCAAAAGAUUACAGUGGAAUACUACAGACCAAUUAAAGACAAAAAAUGAUGAGGUUAACAGAUGUAAAGAAGCUGUUUCUGAAUUGGAAUUGAAACUGAAGCAAGAGCACGAAUCAAUCAGUAAAACAAUUGUUGCCCGUGAUUUAGAAGUUGAAACCUUACGUUCCUCUGAGGACCAGUUUCGUCGAGAAAUAGCCAGGCUAAAGGGCGAUGUUGAUAGAUAUAAAAAUGAUUUGGCUGCUGGCAUGGAACGUGAAAAACUUCUCGAGAGCGCAAAGACUCAGUUGGAGAUGGAUUGGAGAAAACGUUUUGAAAAUAAAGAGAGUGAACUGUAUCAAAGAAACGAAGAUUUGAUACGGAACUUAACAAACAGCAAAACAGAGGCGUUAUCUCAAGUGAAACAAAAAGAUGUUGAGCUGGCGCAGAGAGAUCAGCUAAUCAGAUUGUUGCAAGCAGAUAAAAAUAAAGCUGUAAAGUUCUUCGAAAAUAACAAAAUAAAUUACAAAGGCUUGUUUAUGAAUAGUCUAACAGACGAAGAUUCUACAGAAAGUGAUAUGCAAAUGCAAAAUAAACAACUAAAAGAAGUUAUAAAAGAAAUGAGGACGGAAAUGGAAAUGCUGACUCAGCAGAUGAAUAGUCGCACUUCUACUCCGGAUCCACAAAGUAAAUCAAAAAAUACUGAUUACACAAGAGAUCUUGAAAACGAAAUCCAACAACUAAAAACUUCAAAUCGCGAGCUGCGUAAUAAGUUAGAGGAUGUUGCGAAGGAAACUAAGCCACCACAUGGAAGGUCUACGCCAACUCUAUCUGAUCCUGGUGUGAAAAGCCAUGUAAAGGAACUUAAUGAUACCAUAGGGCAUCUACGUAACGAAAAAGUUCAAUUAACUGCGUUAGUUACUUCCAAGCAAGCGAACAUCAAACACUUGAUGGAUAAGAUGGUAACACUUGAACAAGACAAGUCGCAAUUGGAUGUUGUCAUAGAAAGCUUAAAGUAUGACCUGUCUUCAAAAACUAAAACGUACGAUCAAAACGUUCAAUCAAUGAAACAUAGAAUAUCCGAGUUGGAAUUACAACUUCAACAAGCUAGAUCAGAAGCCGGAAUCUACUACAAAAAUGUUGUCGAAAGAAACCUGGAUGCUACUCAAGUCUCCAAUAAGCUGUCACAACUAAAGCUUGAUCAGUUGUCAUGUAAAAAUGUGUCAUCUUUUACUCCAUUACAUAUCAAUGAUGACCCUGGCAAAGAAAAGGUUAAAGAAAAGUUAAAACUGGCAGUAAGUCGCAUAAAAGAACUUACCAGGGAGAGAUCACAGCUUAUCAAUGCUGGAAAUAAACUUCGAGCUGAGCUGGUCAACAUCAAAGAUAGCAAAAAUGAAGUAAAAGAAUCUAAUGGAGUCAAUUUACCUUCACAUUUGGAUCGUGUUGAAAAGACGGAGUACGAAAAAACGACAACCAACCUGCAAACAGCAAAGAAUGAAGUGAAAAACCCAGCAACUCGACAUGUAAUCUCGCCGGUAUCUAUCGACUUGCUUGUUCCGAAGGAAGAUAAUACUGUGCGUAGCGAGGAUACCAUGGUAUCGCUACAACACUCGUCAUCGGAUCAUUCUUCUAUAAAAGAAGUUUGGAAACUACUUGAAAACGAAGACACGAUUUCGACUGCCGGCACUGUUGAUGACGAUGCAAUAGCAGUUGUUGGUGUGAAAGCAGUACCGUUACCAAAGGAAAGCAAACCAAAACCUGUGCUCGCGACAAGAAGAUUUCCACAAAAGAAAAACAAAACUAAAAUACGAAAUUACAACGUUAAAGAUGAUCGUAAAUAGGUUUAUUUUUUCGCUUUGCAUUUACUUUUUUACCCGUUAUAUUUUCCACAUUUUUUGUGACCUGUGCAUUUAGUAUGGUGUUUUUAAGCACUGAGGUGGAGAACAUAUUUAUAUAAAUUAAUGUUGUAUAUAAAAUUAUUGUAAAUAAAUAAAUUAUUUCGCGUGUAACAAACUUUUAAGUAAACUACGGGUAUAACUAUUUUAACUGUUUCAUUCAAUACUGAAACGAAAAAUAAACUGACAUUUUGCCUGAA